GGAAACCGAACUGUAUGCGUAUUUGUUGUUUUUCACUUUCGAGAAAAUGGCGUCAGCAGAAGAUGUCAACCACACACAAAACUCAGAGUCAGAGACUCCUAAACUUACCGAUUUACUAGAUCGUGGAUGGAAAUUCUAUGAGGAAGUAGAUACCACAAACGAACCUACACAGUCUAAUCCAAUUCAAGUUAAAGUUAAGCGCGGAAUUAUGCAACUGGAAGAGGCAACGCGGAUGGUCGCCCAGCUCGAUUUAUUCAGUCGGAAUGAGGAACUGGAGGAGAUUGCCACCACAGACUUGAAGUAUCUGAUGCUUCCUGCUCUACUCGGCGCUUUGACCAUGAAACAGGUUAAUCUGGCCAAGCGUUUGGAACAAGUUCAAAUGGCCCGUGUCUAUUUUCUGGAUUUCUUGAAGAGGUGCAAGGAAUACAACAUUAGCAGUUUUAAGAUGCCUGAAUCCAGCGAGGCUGCAGAUGGAACACCUGAAGAAGAUGGAAGACUGCCUGCAGCCCCCCUCCAACAAGCAGACCUCUUCACAAUGGCUACACAAAGACAGGCUAAAAUCGAGAGGUAUAAACAGAAAAAAGACUCAGAGGCAAAACUGUCAGAGAUCAAAGCUUCAGUAGAGAGUGGACAGGCAGAUGAUGAGAUUGUGAGGGAUUUCUACCUCCUUAAUAUUCGUAAAUGGAUUGUAAUCUCUCUGGAGGAAAUCGAGAGUAUUGAUCAAGAAAUGGAGAUUCUCAAGAGAAUGGACGUUCUCAGACAGAGUUCAGCACAACCAUCUCAGCCAAAAAGGCCUCCCAUGAAGCCAUUCAUCCUUACAAAAGAUGCUGUGCAGGCAAAGGUGUUUGGGGCUGGUUACCCCAGCUUGGCGACCAUGACGGUGGAUGAAUGGUAUGACCAGCACAGGAGGAAAGGCUGCCAGCCAGACCAGGGCAUCCCACGUGGCCCCGGCAGCUCCGCCGACUACGAUGCAGCGGAGCGAGAGAAAGAGGAGAAAGAGAAAAGGGAAGAGAAUGACGAUGAAGAGGCGCUGCAGAAAGCAAGGGACUGGGACAACUGGAAGGACACGCAUCGGAGAGGCUACGGCAAUCGCCACAACAUGGGCUGACCGCUCCUCAGCGGCGUCGAGCCCCACGCACACAUCGUCAGUCACGCCACGCGCCCAUAAACCUACCAUGCCAAGCACACAAAUAUCUCUCUGAUUUGUUUUUAUUCGGAAAAAAAAAACGGAAACCCUGGGCUGCCGGUGUGUUUGAGACACACUAUGUUUCCUGCCACCUUGAGUUCUGCUCAGUAAGACAGCCAUUUAGAGGGGAACUGUAUGUAUGACCACACUCCUGAGGGAACCACGCCCGUUUGUAAUGUUAUGAAACCGAUCCCACACCAAGCCUUCUCAGUUAAGAUCAGAUGGAAAAUUAAGCCAAUACCCAUAGUUGGGGAUAUUCAAGACAAAUGAUUUCCUAUCCAACAUGUUAUAUUUGACCUAUUUCAGAUGAUUGCUCGCAAGCACUUGGACACUUACUGAUUUAUUAGACACAUUUGUCAUUGUUAUGUCGGGUUUCUUACUCUAGUUUAAUAUAUGUUUGGUUUUCAAUCUUAGUGUGUAGCGGUGGAACCCCAGUUUGACUUUUGCAGAUAUAUUGAAAACCGUUUUUGAAGAAUUUCAGGAGGCCCCUUGAGUCCUUCAGAAGCAUGAACAUCGGUGGUGCAGACUGCUUGUAGGUUGUGCACUGGUAAUGGAUGGUUGUUGGUGUACAGUUGUAUUGGAUAAAACCGUUCCUUUCCACUGUAUAUUUUGCAGUUGCUAUAUAGUUUCAGACCUUCCAACCCAUUGAUGUUUUGGGUUUUGGCAGCAAUCCAAAGAAGUGCAAAUAGGGUUUUGGUUAUGCCGUACAUGGUGUCACACCCAGAGACUAAGCCUACUUAUCUUUUAAGACCAUACUGACUGAGCAAGAUUGAAGUGUCAGUGAUUGUGGACAAGUAAUGCCAAAUCAUCUUCUUGGCAGUGGGUUUAAAAGCGUGUGUUUUAUAAUAAGGAAAAAAAAAGUCUCAAACAGUAUUUGUUUUUACUUCACAAGGACUCGUGGAGUUUUAUACAUUAGCUUGGGUGUUAUGCUGUGAAGCUGGCAGAUGUACAGAUUUGAUUCAUAUUUAUUUGAAUCUGCUUGUAGCUGGGAUUGUGUGUUGUGCCAUGUUCAGUGACUGGACUGUCACCCUGUAAAAUUAAAGGAAGCCUCAUAUUCUACUUUUUUCCCCCCUGGUCUUUGGUUUGUCAAAAGACCCCAUGGAUAGAACAGAACAGUUAUUCAGUAUUGAUGAUCUUGUUGAUGAGAAAUUGGCUAAAACGUAGGAAAGAUAUGUAAAGAAUCUCAAGAUGACUCGUGUUGUCAGCAUUCUGUACGGAAGGAAAGACAUUUCUCUAACAUUUUCCUCUGAGAAUUUAUGAUGGCUUACAAUCACUUGCCAGACUCCUGUCAGAAUUAGCCUUGAGAGGUGUUUAAAGUAGUUUGAAAAAAUAAAUCAAUUAUGUACAAAUAGGGAGAUCUGAGGGACUUCACACACUCCCUCGUGUCAUCUUAAGUCUGCUGCAAGUCCUCAAUACCUCCCAUCCAUCAUUGGUCUCUGAAACUGGGGGUUGGGGGGGUUGUAGUCUGGCUGGGGAAAGGGCCGAGCUGGUGGAGCCGAGCGGGGGAAGUCUGAUGCCAUCACCUUCUGAGAUAUGAGCACAGGAAAGAUGCAUACAGUCAUUGCUGAAGGCAAUUCCAUCCAUCGUGUCACUGCCUUGGGCUUGCAGUUUUUUUUUGUUCAUGCCAGUCAUCGUAUCCCGCAAGUUACAAACAAUGCCAAAACUCAGUCAUGAUUUUACAGAACCCAUACUUACCACUGGGUGUUGCUCUAUUAAGCCAUUUUGCAGAUUUCCUGGUUACAUUGCUGUCAAUUGUACUGUGCUGGUGACAUCCACUGCAUAAUAUAACUUAUUCUAGACAGUUUUAAUAACUCACUGGUUCUACUCAUGGUUCUACUCAUGUGUCCCACUUUGUAUAUUUAAAUGGUUGUGAUUAAAGAAGGCAAAAUGUACUUUCAUCUUGUAGCCUUUUUCAUCUGAAAUAAAAAUGAUCCGUCUUGCCAGG